CCUACGAGCGCUUCCUCUGUUACGUGUCGCUUACUUCGUUUUGGUCGGACAGACAGACAGGCAGAGGGAAAAACACGAGAAUGACAUGGCCUGCUGCAGCAAGAAGCCCGCAACAAACCAGCUCUUGUACUUCACGCCCGAGAAGACGACCACGAGUCCCAGCCGGAACGCCUUGUUCGCUAGCCCCAGCAGGCUCCACAAAAAGCCUCUCCUCCACCAAUCGCCACCCACAGCUCGCCCAUCUCUCUCUCUCUCCCUCUCUUUCUUCCUCCGAUUUUCCACGCCGACGGCAGUGCCGUAGCCAUGAGUGCUCCUCUCGCCGUAGCUUGGCCGUUCUCGGCUCGUCUUCGGGCUCCGAAGCGGUUCUCCGGGAUCGGAGCGCCGAGAGCGGCAUUGCUGGAGGCGCGACCUCAUGGUUCACCGCCGGAUGUCGUCGUCGGCGGCGCGGUCCUGCGCGUGUCGGCUGGGGAUCGAGCGGCGGACAUUCAAGCCGAGUCCAGAGCCGUGGCUCGGGCUGUGAAUUCUCCGGUGUACAGCCCGGAGCUUCUUGCUCGCAAGUACCGUUCGCGUCCGAUUAAGAUUGUGCGAAGGGCUUUGGAUGUAUUGAUAGCUUUUGGCAUGUUUGCGUCGAAGCUCCUAAUCGAUCAAAGGUAUGGUUGGGUUGAUCAGAACAGGAGAAAGCGAGGUGUGGAGUUGAGGAUGAUAUUGACACGGUUAGGGCCUACAUUUGUCAAAAUCGGGCAGGGGUUGUCGACCAGGCCUGAUAUCUGUCCUCCCGAGUACAUUGAAGAGCUCUCUCAACUUCAGGAUGCAUUGCCAACUUUCCCGGAUUCAGAUGCAUUUGCAUGUAUAGAGAGUGAACUGGAGCUGCCCCUUGAUUCGAUCUUCUCCUCCAUAUCAGCUACUCCAGUGGCAGCAGCAAGCUUGGGCCAAGUUUAUAAAGCUCAACUAAAAUAUUGCGGACGGUUCGUCGCUGUCAAAGUGCAACGGCCUGGUAUUCAAGAGGCUAUUGGGCUUGACUUUUAUCUUAUGAGAGGACUGGGGUUUCUUAUCAAUAAGUACGUCAGUGGCAUUACCUCGGAUGUUGUUGCCCUGGUUGAUGAAUUUGCACAAAGAGUGUAUCAAGAGCUCAACUAUGCGCAGGAGGGGCAGAACGCAAGGAGGUUUAGAAGAUUGUAUGCUGACAAAGAAGAUAUACUUGUACCGGAUAUAUUCUGGGAUUACACUAGUGGCAAAGUGUUGACUAUGGAGUGGAUUACUGGAUUCAAACUCAAUGAACUGGAUGCCCUUGAGAGGCAUGGACUAAAGGUUUUGGAUUUAGUUAGCACAGGAAUACAAUGCAGCCUCAGACAAUUGCUUGAGUCUGGAUACUUCCAUGCAGAUCCUCAUCCCGGUAAUCUUUUGGCGACACCUGAGGGAAGACUUGCUUUUAUUGAUUUUGGUAUGAUGAGUGAGACCCCAGAGAAAGCCAGAUAUGCUAUCAUCGGUCAUAUUGUGCACCUGGUUAAUCGAGACUAUGAAGCUAUGGCUCGUGACUACUAUGCUCUGGAUUUUUUGUCAUCUGAAGUUGAUGUUUCCCCCAUUGUGCCUGCAUUACAGAGCUUCUUUGAUGAUGCACUCAAUGCAACUGUGAGUGAUUUAAAUUUCAAAGCGAUAGUGGAUGGUCUGGGAACUGUUUUCUAUCAGUAUCCUUUUACUGUUCCGCCAUAUUAUGCAUUGAUAUUGAGGUCGCUUACUGUAUUAGAAGGCUUAGCACUCCAUGCCGAUCCUAAUUUCAAGGUGUUGGCUGCAUCUUAUCCAUACUUUGCUAAGAGACUCCUCACCGAUCCAAAUCCAUAUCUUAGAGAUGCCCUCAUAGAGCUGCUGUUCAAGGAUGGGAGAUUUAGGUGGAACAGACUUGAAAACCUACUUGUCCAGGGUAGAAAAGACAGAGAUUUUUCAACCAAGGACGCUUUACAACCUGUUUUGAGGUUGUUAUUAGAUCCACAUGGCGAAGAACUUCGAGUUUUGGUCAUAAAGGAGGCUGUUCAUGUCAUGGAAGCUAUUGUCCUGGCUUCAUCUAUCGAUGCUUACAACUCUAUUCCCUACUUUAUGAGGGUUUUGCCCAAUUCAUAUGCAAAUGGACCCUUUAUAAUGAGCAAUGUUGAACUGAAAAGCCUGAUGGAUCUUCGAGAUCAGGUUUUUAGGAUAUGGAGCCUCUUGCAAACCUCUAAGAGUUUUGAUCCAGAGCUUCUACAGCCUGUUUUACAGGUCCUCCAGCAACCCGAGGCACGCAGCUUGGGGGUGCGUCUUGCCGGUGGUGUUACUCGCCGUCUUGCUGCUAGAAUGCUGCAACAGGUACUGCUAACAACGUCAAAAUCUCCUGAUUUGGCUUUCUCGCCACUGUAAACGUCUAUAUUGCAAGGUAAUGUGAUUAAUUUUGGACAUUUUUAAACCAAAAAGUGGAAAUUGAGAUCUUGUUGUCAUUCUUCUUUUGUAGAAUAAAUUAGUCAAAUGUUAGCAGUCGUAGAAGGAUGUAAAAAUAGAUUUGAUUCUGGGGUAGUAGAAUAAUAUGCACGAGGCUUCAUCCACCCUUUUUCACUACUCUGUUGUUACUUUCACAUUUUUACUGCUGCAGCCUGAAUGUUGAAAUUUGGCCUUUUGAAAUAUUAAACUAAUCUGCAUUGUUUCCUUUGAAA